UUCAUUUUGUUUAUUAUUUUUAUUUUGGUUCUUUCCAUCACUCUCCUCAAUAUCAGAAACACAACACCAUAGAAUUUUCAUAAAAAGAAACCCUAAUCUGAAAUUUCUGAGAAAUACACAUUUAGGGGAAACCAGAGAACCAAUCCAGAAGCUUCAAUCGGCAUCGAGAUUUGAAGUAAUCAAGGAAGAGAAAUCUUGGGUCCAUUUCAAAAUCUGAAUUUUUUCUCUCUAUCUUUCUGGGUGCUACAAAUCAAUUACCUACCGUUUUUCUUACAAAAUCUGACAUUUUUAUGAGAAAAUGUCUCAGCUGAAGCAAAUGUCGCACGCCGACAACAGUGCUCCGUCGACGCCGGGAAAGUUCAAGAUGGAGAAAGCCUCUUACUUCAACCGUGUACGGUGGCACACUUCUCCGGCGAAGCUUGCUCUUUGGACCUUUGUUUUCUCAGCUGCAAUCUUGAUCUUCUUUUUCCGAUCUCCGGCGACAUCUUCUCCUCCGGCGGAUCCUUCUCGCCGUUCUCUGAGAAGCCCUUCCAACUGGGGUGGUCCGGUUUGGGAGAAACGCGUCCGUUCCUCCGCAAGGGUCCGGUCCAGAAACGGGUUCUCUGUUCUUGUGACCGGAGCCGCUGGUUUCGUCGGAACACAUGUAUCCGCGGCGCUUAAGCGCCGCGGAGACGGUGUUCUGGGACUUGAUAAUUUCAAUGACUAUUAUGACCCUUCUUUGAAGCGUGCACGGCAAGCACUGUUGGAGAGAACCGGUGUUUUCAUUGUGGAAGGUGAUAUCAAUGAUGCUGUUUUGUUAAGGAAGCUUUUUGAGGUUGUUCCUUUUACUCAUGUCAUGCAUUUGGCUGCUCAAGCUGGUGUGAGGUAUGCUAUGGAGAAUCCUGGUUCUUAUGUUCAUAGUAACAUUGCUGGUUUUGUUAAUUUGCUUGAAGUUUGUAAAACUGUUAAUCCUCAACCUGCAAUUGUUUGGGCUAGUUCUAGUUCUGUUUAUGGAUUGAACACUAAGGUACCUUUUUCUGAGAAGGAUAGAACAGAUCAACCUGCUAGUUUGUAUGCUGCUACUAAGAAAGCCGGCGAAGAAAUCGCUCAUACUUAUAAUCAUAUAUACGGUCUUUCGUUAACCGGUUUGCGUUUUUUCACUGUUUAUGGUCCUUGGGGUAGACCUGAUAUGGCUUACUUCUUUUUCACUAGAGAUAUUUUGAAGGGGAAGACGAUUCCCAUUUUCGAGGCAGCGAAUCACGGUACCGUUGCUAGGGAUUUUACUUAUAUAGAUGAUAUCGUAAGGGGGUGUUUAGGUGCUUUGGAUACUGCCGAGAAGAGUACCGGAAGUGGCGGGAAGAAGAGGGCGCCGGCUCAGUUGAGGGUUUUCAAUUUGGGGAACACAUCGCCUGUUCCUGUUACCGAUCUCGUGAGUAUUUUGGAGAGGCUGUUGAAGACUAAGGCGAAGAGGAAUAUAAUGAAGUUGCCGAGGAACGGGGACGUCCAGUUCACUCACGCGAAUAUUAGCUACGCACAGGGAGAGCUUGGCUAUAAGCCGGUGACAGAUCUGCAGACUGGUUUGAAGAAAUUCGUGAGGUGGUACAUGAAUUACUAUUCUGGCGGGAAGAAAGCUGUCGAGUGACGAUGAUGAUGGAUUCUUUUUUUAUAUAGGAUCUAUGAAUUCUUGUUCAUUACGAUUCUUGUGAUUGUUCUUCCCUUAGCAUUUUAUCUGCCUGUGUUGCUCGAAUCACCAUGUUUCAUACACUUUGUCAAAGACAUCCCUUUUCAGCAAGGAAACUCUUGUUACCUGCACCGAGGAGGUUUCGUUGUUGGUGGAGAGACUCGAGAUUAUUCGCCCGGGCAAGAAAGCAAGAUACAUCAUAUUCUCUUUCAUUCUUUCUUUUUUUCCUCGCCUCCGAAUGUAAUUGUUGUAGUUUUAGAAAUGUAGCAUUCAUGAACGACGACGAUAGAGCUUAUGCUGAUUCGUGGCAGUGUAUAAUUUGUUAAGGAAAACGAGUAACAUCAUCAUACAAUAGUUUGAUUUCCAGUUUUCGAACUGAAUGAAUCAAUAAGACAUGUAUUUUAUUUGCAUAUGUAAUUUUUCAUCUAUAAAUGGACUCUUGUAUUAUUUCUUUC